CCCCCCCCCCCCCCCCCCCCCUCUGUCCAGGCGAAUUUCGCGAUGGACAGCAUGGACCUGGACCAGGAGCUCAUGCAAAAAUUCAGCUGCAUGGGUACAACGGACAAAGAUAUCCUAAUAUCGGAGUUUCAGAGGCUCCUCGGGUUUCAGCUAAACCCCGCCGGAUGCGCCUUCUUUCUGGACAUGACCAACUGGAAUUUACAAGCAGCCAUCGGCGCCUACUAUGACUUUGAGAGUCCCAACAUCAGUGCCCCAUGCAUGUCCUUUGUGAGAGAUGUGACGAUUGGCGAGGGUGAAUCAGUUCCACCGGACACACCUUUCACAAAGACCUGGAGGAUACAGAACACAGGUGCAGAGUCGUGGCCUCCCGGGGUUUGUCUGAAGUAUGUCGGAGGAGAUCAGUUUGGUCACGUAAACAUGGUGAUGGUGCGGUCUUUAGAUCCUCAGGAGAUGGCUGAUGUUAGUGUGCAGAUGCAGAGCCCUGUCUCUCCUGGCAUGUACCAGGGCCAGUGGAGAAUGUGUACAGCUACGGGACUCUACUAUGGAGAUGUAAUUUGGGUGAUCCUGAGCGUGGAGGUCGGAGGUCUCCUCGGCGUCACACAGCAGCUUUCCUCUUUCCAAGCCGAGUUCAACACCCAGCCUCACCGCAGCCUGGAAGGAGACUACAACCCCUUCGCUUCUCCAGAGAAGAGCAAGUGCCCCAACAGCAACAACAACAGUCUCCACGAUGCUAGUGGUCAUAGGGUCGCAGAGGAACAUUGGCAGGGAAGCCCCAACGAGCUGCAGCAAGAUCAGAACGGACUUUCACACAACUCUGUGGAUAUAGUAGCAAACAGUCUACAAAGCAAUCUAUCAGUAGUCUCUUAUAACCAGGGUAUACAGGAGCCCUAUCCUUUUGGGCACUCUUAAAUCAUGAGACUUGUCACAGUGACGCAGCACUAAAUUCGUACCUCUGGAGUCUGUCACACCAAUAAGAGAAGGAAGAGGCUUUACCAGUAGCUGGCAGAGAGUGUGAAGAUUCAAAAAACACUUCUUUAUGCAAAGUUCCGGCUACACUUUAAUGAAACCAGAGGCCAACGCUCCUGACGUGCAGCUCAACCAACAUCCCACAAAACCCACUGUAUGCACGUGUGAAUGCUAAGUUAAAAAAUGAGUGCUAUGAGUCUUUUGAGUGAUAACUUUUUAUUAUUAUUGUUUUUUGUUUUUUUUUAGUUGUCAAGAGUGCAAAUGAAACAAUGACAGGAAUGUGUAUUUGUGAAACUGUGUGUAUAUGUGUGUGCGCAUUGUGCAACCUGAAAGAGAGCCUUUGGAGGAAAAGCCAUUUAUUUUGCCAACUGAUUCUCCAGUUUCUGCUCUGAUUUGGUUCCCUGUAACUAAAUAGGGGCGUCUCAAGGGGAACAACGACAUCCCUCAGAAAUAUAUCUGAAGCUCAUCAGUUGUUUUUUAGUUUUUUUUGUGCUUUUGCAUUAUGGACAUUGUUGCUAUGCUGUCUCAGUACCUACUGGAGGGAGUCAGCCAUUUCUCUUUAAAACACUGAGAAUCAGAACUCUUUAUCUACAGUGUAGCGCCUAUGAGAUGGUCAGGUUUGGUCUUGAUCAUUGUACAGUUAAAAAAAAAAUCCCCUUAAAGAUAGAGCCAUUGAUUUUAUUAUGCCUUCUGUGGUCAAAUAUUUUGAGCUACUUGGUGUAAAUGUAACGUAAAAUGUAAUGAUUUUAGUGUGAAAGCUCAAAGAGAUGGUGAAGGUUUUCUCACACACACACACACACAUAUAUACAUCUAUGAAAUUUUAGAAAAAUAUUAGCAGAAUAUUCAUUAUUUUAAUAAUGCAGUAUUAGAGCGCUCAUUGUCUCUAAAUCUAAUAUUUUACAUGCAAUGGAUGAUGACAGAAUUAGGGUACACUUUGCCCUCAGACGUUGACUUCACAAGACACAACUUCACAUUUUGAAAAAAAAAAACAUGUUUUCUGCUCCGAAUUUUGAUUUUAAACCUGUCUUGGACUCGCUUUUUAUCACAUUGAGUUGAAUGUAUUUGAUGAAUGUAGAAGAGAAUAAUGUUUUUUGGAAACAUAUUAAUUCACCCAAAGAUUCAACAUUGUAUAUUUGUAUUGAACUGGUGUAAUUAUUGUUCCUCUUGUUAGAAUUAUUGCGUUACAUUCGAGUCUAAUCAUUGAUGACCUUCUUAAACACAUUUUAGAAUUUGGUCCUGUUUAGAUCAUUUUAGAUGCACCAGUAAAAAUCACUAUGAAACGACAAAAUCAUGUUGUCCUGAAGCUCUAACUGGCUGAUCUAUGCACCGACUAGUGCAACCUUCAAGAUAACCUGUACUGUGCUGUCCUCAUCCAAGUACUGUUAAGUCCUGAAGGGUUUAUCAUAUCUGUGAUUUUAUCUGCCACCCACAGCCAGUGAGUUAGACCACCUCAUCAGGUAAACACAGCAAUCAUGAAGGCACUAAUUGUAAGCCCUGGGGUUACUAAGCUUUGACGUGACAAAUGAUACCAGCCAAUAAAUGCUAAAUGUCACACGUAUCCCUGGGCUCCUCCUUGCUGUCUGUCACAACACUCUAAAUUUUCUGUGCAGCAUCCGUGAUGAUAAAUGUUCAAUGUCAAUUCAUGAAGUGCAUAGUGUGUUUUCUUCUUUGUGUAAUAUUGGAAGUCUCCACUGGCCAGAUUGCAGAAUGAAUCAGUUGGCAUUAGACGACGUACAACAGCACAUUUAUUGGGAGUGAGGAAGUGCAAACAGAUGAAAGAUUUUUUUCUCCUGUGUGUUUGAUGAAUGUUUGUAUGAUUAAAUUAUCACUGAAAAGUU